AUGGGCGCGUACGGUGUAAGGGUGGUGACGGCGGCACUAUUGCUGUGUCUGCUGUUUUCAUCUGCCAGCUGCUACAUGCGAGACUUUUCGUAUAAACAUGAGAUCAACGAAAUGAGAGUUUGCAUCGGUACGAAUGGACGGAUGUCAGUGCCGGCGAAUCGCGAGUAUCACUUCAAAAAUUUGCGCGAUCGCUACACCAACUGUACGUACGUGGAUGGCAAUCUGGAGAUCACCUGGAUACAGAACAUCACCGACCUCAACUUUCUCCAGCACAUCCGCGAGGUGACGGGUUACGUGCUGCUCAGUCACAUCGAUCUGCCGCAGGUCAUCCUGCCGCGGCUACAAAUCAUCCGCGGCCGCACGACGUUCAAGCUGAACAAGUGGGAAGAAGCGUACGGGCUGUUCGUAUCGUUUUCGCACAUGAACACGCUGGAGUUGCCCGCGCUGCGCGACAUACUCGACGGAUCGGUUGGGUUCUUCAACAACUACAACCUGUGCCACGUGCGCACGAUCAACUGGGAGGAAAUUCUGUCCGCACCGCAGACGAGCAUGCAGUACACGUUCAACUUUUCGUCACCGGAGCGCGAAUGUGCACCCUGCCAUCCGUCGUGCGAGGCGGGCUGCUGGGGCGAGGGCGCCCACAACUGUCAACGGUUUAGCAAGCUGAACUGUUCGCCCCAGUGCUCCCAGGGUAGAUGCUUCGGUCCGAAGCCUCGCGAAUGUUGCCAUCUGUUCUGUGCCGGUGGAUGUACCGGUCCGACCCAGCAAGACUGUCUAGCGUGUAAGAACUUCUACGACGAUGGUGUCUGCAAGCAGGAGUGUCCACCGAUGCAGAUAUAUAACCCAACGAAUUACAUCUGGGAACCGAAUCCCGACGGCAAAUACGCUUACGGUGCGACCUGUGUGAGAAAGUGUCCCGAGCAUCUGCUGAAAGACAACGGGGCCUGUGUGAGAAAGUGUCCGAAGGGUAAGAUGCCUCACAACAGCGAGUGUGUACCGUGCAAAGGCGUAUGUCCAAAGACCUGUCCGGGCGAAGGUACGGUGCAUUCGGACAACAUUGGAAACUACAAAGACUGCACCAUCAUCGAAGGAUCGCUGGAGAUUCUCGAUCAAUCGUUCAACGGGUUCCAGCACGUGUACGCAAACUUCUCGUUCGGGCCACGCUACAUCAAGAUGGACCCGGAGCGGCUGGAGGUGUUUUCGACUGUGAAGGAGAUUACGGGUUUUAUCAACAUUCAGGCACACCACGAAAACUUUACCACAAUGAACUAUUUCCGCAACCUGGAAGUGGUUGGUGGACGUCAGCUGAAGGAGAAUUUGCUCGCCUCGGUGUACAUUGUGAAGACAUCACUGAAAUCGCUGGAAAUGAAGUCACUCAAGCGCGUCAAUUCGGGCUCGAUUGUGAUUCUGGAAAACAAUAAUCUGUGUUUCGUGGAGGAAAUUGAUUGGAGCGAAAUCAAGAAGAGUUCCGAACAUGAGAUCAUGGUUCAGAAGAAUCGUAAUGCUACCGAGUGUCAUGCGGAGGGAAUGCAAUGUUCGGAGCAGUGCUUCAGGACUGGAUGUUGGGGCAAAGGACCGGAGCAGUGUUUGGAAUGCAAAAAUGUCAAGUACAAAGGAAGAUGUCUGGAUAGCUGUAAGAGUUUGUCUAGAUUGUACCAAGUGGACUCCAAAACUUGCGAGGAUUGCCAUCCAGAAUGUAAGGACUUCUGUCACGGUCCGAAUGCGGAUCACUGUGGUUCCUGUGUGAAUGUGAAGGAUGGUCGCUUCUGCGUGGCGGAGUGUCCAAUCAUGAAGCAUGCAAUGAACGGCACGUGUAUCAACUGUCACAAAACGUGCGUUGGAUGCCGGGGUCCUCGAGAUACGAUCGCCCCCGAUGGUUGUAUCUCGUGCGAAAAGGCAAUUAUUGGUAGCGAUGCGACAAUCGAACGGUGCUUGAUGAAGGAUGAAUCUUGUCCAGAUGGAUACUACAGCGAUUCCGUGCUGCAAGAGGAAGGCCCCCUGAAGCAGUUGUCCGGCAAGGCAGUGUGUCGCAAGUGUCAUCCACGCUGCAAGAAGUGCACUGGGUACGGUUUCCACGAACAGUUCUGCCAGGAAUGUACCGGCUACAAGAAGGGUGAACAGUGUGAAGACGAAUGCCCGCAGGAUUACCACGCGAACGAGGAAUCGCGCGUCUGCGUGCCCUGCCAUCAGGAGUGUCGCGGCUGUCACGGGCUCGGUGCGGAUCACUGUGACGAGUGCCGCAAUCUGAAACUCUUCGAAGGUGACCCGUACGAUAACUCGACCGCGUUCACCUGCGUCUCGAACUGCCCGGCAUCGCAUCCUUACAAACGCUUCCCACAGGAAGCGGGUAAGCUUGGCCCGUACUGCUCGGCGGACUCACUCCAGAGUGGGCUACAAAUUGAGCCACAGACGCAGGUUAAGAUCGUGAUGGGCAGUGUGGUGGUGCUGGUGCUAGUAUGUAUAGUCUUCGGAAUAGUAUUCGUCAUGUUCAGCCGCCACAAGAACAAGAAGGAUGCCGUCAAGAUGACGAUGGCGCUGGCUGGGUGUGAAGAUUCGGAACCGCUGCGUCCGUCAAACGUUGGUCCAAACCUGACGAAGCUGCGCAUCAUCAAAGAGGCUGAGAUACGACGUGGAGGAGUGCUGGGUAUGGGAGCAUUCGGGCGUGUGUUCAAGGGUGUCUGGAUGCCGGAAGGCGAGAGUGUGAAGAUUCCGGUCGCUAUUAAGGUGCUGAUGGAGAUGUCCGGUUCGGAGUCAAGCAAGGAGUUCCUGGAGGAAGCGUACAUCAUGGCGUCAGUGGAGCACCCGAACUUGCUGAAACUGUUGGCCGUUUGUAUGACCUCACAAAUGAUGCUCAUCACUCAGCUGAUGCCACUCGGCUGUUUGCUAGACUACGUGCGCAGUAACAAGGACAAGAUUGGUUCCAAGGCUCUGCUCAACUGGUCCACGCAGAUUGCUCGCGGUAUGGCCUACUUGGAGGAACGCCGUCUGGUGCAUCGUGAUCUCGCCGCUCGUAACGUACUGGUUCAAACUCCGUCCUGUGUUAAAAUUACCGAUUUCGGUUUGGCGAAGCUGUUGGACUACGAUUCCGAUGAGUAUCGGGCGGCCGGUGGUAAGAUGCCGAUCAAGUGGCUUGCUCUGGAAUGCAUCCGGCAUCGUGUGUUCACAAGCAAGAGUGACGUAUGGGCGUUUGGUAUAACGAUUUGGGAGCUGCUCACGUACGGUGCCCGGCCGUACGAGAAUGUGCCCGCCAAGGACGUCCCGGAGCUGAUCGAAAUUGGACACAAACUGCCCCAGCCCGACAUUUGCUCACUGGAUGUGUACUGCAUUUUGCUUUCCUGCUGGGUGCUGGAUGCGGAUGCGAGACCCACGUUCAAACAGCUGGCCGAAACGUUCGCCGAGAAGGCGCGUGAUCCGGGCCGAUAUCUCAUGAUCCCGGGUGAUAAGUUUAUGCGCUUGCCGUCGUACACCAAUCAGGACGAGAAGGAUCUGAUACGUACGCUGGCGCCGGUUGCGAUGGCUGCUGCUGCGGCCGCCGCCUCAACCGUCGAUGUGCCUAGCACGAUUGCGGAGACGGACGAGUACCUGCAGCCAAAAACGAGACCCUCGAUCAUGCUACCGGGACCGUCGGCGGUUGAUCCGUCCGAUGAGGUACCAAAGUCACUGCGUUAUUGCAAGGAUCCGCUCAAGCCGGACGACGAAACGGACGGCAAUGGUAAGGAGGUCGGUGUCGGUGGCAUCCGGCUGAACCUGCCGCUGGACGAAGAUGAUUACCUGAUGCCAACUUGCCAAAGCCAAAACCAGUCCACGCCGGGCUACAUGGAUCUGAUCGGUGUACCGGCGAGCGUCGACAAUCCCGAGUACUUGAUGGGUUCGACGCCAGCCAUUGCCGGGGUUGCCCACGGUUCGAUGGGACCCCAUACGCCACCACCAAACUCUCCGCACGGGCUGCCAAUGCAAACGACCGCCCCGCACUCCCAGAUUCAACCGCAACCCAUUCAGCAACCACUGCAGGUACUGCAACAUCAGUACCAACAGCAACUUCAGCAACAGCAGCAGCAACAGCAACAGUUGCAGCACCACCACCAACAGCAACUGUCCCAAUCGUCACACCACUCUUCCUCCUCCAACGGACCCAACCCCUCCGUCAGCCAUACCCCUUCCCUCAGUAACGCUAGCAGCAGUGUCGGCCUGAAACCGUCCGAUUCCAUCAUCCAGAUGCAAACGGCCGGUGCGGGUCUGCAUCAGCAGCAAUCAUUACCACCGACGCAAACGAUCGGCAUCCCACUGUCACCGACGGAAACGGAAGCGACCUCCUCCGAACACGAGUACUACAACGAUCUGCAGCGCGAGCUGAUACCGUUGCAUCGUAACGAAACGACUGUUUAG